GGUCAUUUUUGGAUCGAAUGAACCUCUGAAAGCCGGGGAAUUACGAACUUUUUGGUGAAAUUCUGUCAGCAUGGACAUUGCUAACACCUCCACAGCGGUGUGUUCGGUGUUAGCCGGCGUUCUGAGCUGUUAUGUCGGUCUGAAGGUCUACAGGAGACAGCAGGUGAAGAAGAAGGCCUUGAAGAAGAGAGAAGAAAGUCGGAGAGCCUUGCAAGACGUUCUGAGAUCUGUGGCUACUGACGAUCAGCCAACAGCAGCCAAAAGGAGAGAGAUCCUGUCCCUGACUCUGCCCCAACUCAGCCAGCAGCUGAGAGAUGGACAGCUGUCAGCUGUACAGGUGCUGCAGGCAUUCCAGGAGAAGGUGAGACAUUCAAACACCUGCAAGAAAGGCUGUGAUCAUCCCAAUAUGAUAAUCUGA